GCAGAGGCAGAGCCAGAGACACUGCCGCCGCCGGACAUGGCAGGAGAGCAGCGGGCAGGAGGCGGAGGAGAGGCCGGGGAUCCGCUCGCGGCCCCCGUGCGGGUCCUGCAGAGUUUGCGGGGCAAGAUAUGUGCAGCAAAGAAUUUACUGCCUUAUCCAGGACCAAACAAAAUGAGAGACUGCUUCUGCACCGUGAAUUUGGACCAAGAAGAAAUCUUCAAAACAAAAGUGGUAGAGAAAUCGUUAAACCCUUUAUAUGGUGAAGAUUUUUACUUUGAAAUUCCAAGAACGUUCCACAACCUCUCCUUUUAUAUCUAUGAUAAGACUGUUUUACAGCGAGAUCUUCGGAUAGGAAAGGUUUCCAUAAAAAAGGAGGAUUUGUACAGAUAUGUCGGUGAAGAACCUUGGUUUCCACUUCAACCCAUUGAUUCCAACUCUGAAGUGCAAGGAAAGGUCCACUUGGAGCUUAAGCUAAAUGAACUGAUCACAGACAAUGGAUCGGUGCAGCAGCUUAUGGUACACAUUAUGGAAUGUGAAGGGUUGCCCCUCGUUAAUGGGCAAAGCUGUGAUGCAUAUGCUACAGUCUCCCUAGUUGGCCCAUCUAGAAAUGAUCAAAAGCGAACCAAGGUAAAAAAGAAAACAAGCAACCCACAGUUCAACGAGAAAUUCUACUUUGAGGUGACGCGGUCAAGCAGCUACACCAAGAAGUCCCAAUUCCAAGUGGAGGAAGAAGAUAUUGAAAAGCUAGAAGUGAGGGUUGACCUGUGGAACAAUGGGAACCUUGGCCAGUCUUUUCUUGGUGAAAUUAGAAUAUCCGUUAAUGUUCUACGGAACGACUCAUUCCACAAGGCAUGGUAUCUUCUGCAGCCAAAAGACAAUGGAAACAAAUCCUCAAAGUAUGAUGAUUUGGGAUCCCUGCGUUUAAGUAUCUGUUAUACUGAGGACUAUGUGCUAUCUUCAGAAUUUUACAUACCUCUAAGAAGCUUGAUGAUAAAAUCGCCUGAUGUGCAGCCCAUCUCUGCGUCUGCUGCCUUCAUCCUGGGAGAAGUUUGCCGAGAUAAAUAUGAUGCUGUUCUGCCUCUCGUUCGGCUUCUGCUUCAUCACCAAAAAUUGGUUCCGUUUGUGUCGGCCAUUGCUCAGCUUGAUCUGAAUGACACACAGGAAGCAAACACAAUCUUCAGAGGGAACUCUUUAGCUACCCGCUGCUUGGAUGAGACAAUGAAGCUUGUGGGUGAUCACUAUCUAAAAGUAACCCUGAAACAUAUUGUAGAUGAGAUCUGUGACUCCCCUAAACCCUGUGAACUUGACCCUGUUCGUCUUAAAGAAGGGGACAACGUGGACAAUCAUAAAGACAAUCUUCGAUACUAUGUUGACAAGGUCUUCUCUUGCAUAGUAAACUCCAGCAUGAGCUGCCCCACUGUGAUGUGUGACAUGUUUUCUUCCCUUCGACACAUGGCUGUUAGACACUUUCCAAAUGACCCUCAUGUGCAGUAUUCCGCAGUGAGUAGCUUUGUGUUUCUGCGAUUCUUCGCCGUGGCUAUCAUAUCUCCUCACACAUUCCACCUCCGACCCCACCACCCGGAUGCCCAGACAUCUCGAAUUUUGACUCUUGUAUCCAAAACCAUCCAGACCUUGGGGAGUGUUGGCAGUUUGUCAAAGAGCAAGUCUUCUAGCUUCAAGGAACCAUUUAUGUGUGACUUCUUUAAGAUGUUCGAUGAGGAAACCUACACCGUAGCUGUAAAAAAGUUUCUAGAGGAAAUCUCAUCGACUCAAAGCAAAGAGCCAAGUGGAGUGAGCGAAUCAGUAAUUCUGAAAGAAGGGGACAUGUAUAAGCGUGCACAGGGACGGAACCGCAUAGGGAAGAAAAAUUUCAAAAAGAGAUGGUUUUCAUUGACAAACAGAGAGUUUAGCUACCACAAGCAAAAAGAUAAGAAUCCCGUAUUUAGCAUUCCUAUCAAAAGUAUCAUGGCGGUGGAGAAGUUGGAUGAAAGUGCCUUCAAUAAAAAUAACAUGUUCCAGUUGAUUUUUUCUGAAAAGCCACUGUACAUCCAGGCCAGCAAUUGUGUGGAAGCUAGUGAGUGGAUAGAGAUAUUGAACAGAGUGAGCCUUCGGAAUCCAAGGAGACUCAGCAAGUACCAUCCCUCUGCUUAUGUCAGUGGGUGUUGGCUCUGCUGCAAGGCUACCCAGGAAAGCAGUGCAGGCUGCCGUCCAUGCACUAUAGAUGUCCCAGCUGAUGUUGCAUUGGACAUAGAUGGAGAUCGCGAGUGUGAGAGGAUCUAUUCUCUAUUCAGCAAAAACAUGCCAAAACUGCAAAAAAUGGAAGAGGCCUGUGGAACAAUAGCAGUGUACCAGGGUCCCCAGAACGAACAAAAUGAUUACCACUUCACAAUAGAAGAUUCUGUGGAAACCUUUAAGACCCUUAUUCAAAUUAAAAAUAUUGUUGAGAAACUCAACGAGCCCCAUGAUAAGCAUAAGAAGAGAUCAACCAAUGCUAAAUAUGGCAGCCAGGAAAAUCCCAUCGUGGGCAAAGGAUCGUAGCAGUCAUUCUGGACUGAGUAAUUUAUAUCUGGACCAGAUGAAGGACUGAAGCAGGAGGUAGUCUCCCACCCAGUCUCACUCUGGAUUCCUUACUUUUAUUUUAACCACUCUGCAGAAAAUGCUAUAAACCUGCCUUGAGGAGCACUUAUAAAGACCCGAUGGGCACCUCCCGAGCUUGGUGUCUAGUCAUAUAUACUUGAGAAUCAUGAGAAAACUGCACUUGUAUCUUAUAGCAGCCAGGAGAAAAACUGAAUCCUGGUUUGUCAGAUUGACAACAAUGUUACUGCUGGCAGUGCGGUUCAUUCCAUAUUUUCGGACAGAGUGAAGCUGUCUCCCUUAUCUUUAAGAAAGGUGCAUCCAGCACCCCGACUGUGCAGUAUGUUCUGAGGAUUCCAAGCAGGGGUGUACCACUAGUGGACAUCCUACCUUAAAAUAUGGGUUGGAUAUGACGUGUUGAUCACAACAUUGAGACUUCGUGUUAGCACUUUUUAUGAUCAGUGCCAUUUGUAACAGUCAGCUACCCCUCUUACCAAACAGCCGAACUGAGACACAGUAUAUAAGAGGGGUGUGUUACCCAGAAUGUUUGUGGAUCCGCGGAUUAUUGAGGCACACUAACGUCAAACUUCAACAGAUUUUACCACCUCAAGCAGCGCUACAUUUAUCAGGAAAUUAGGACAUAACUUUUUCGAACGGUACAAAUAAUUUUCCCUCUGCCUAUUUAUUUUCUUUCUACUGUAGAUUUGUUGCACUGAUUUGUUGUAAUUUUUUACUAAAUGUGUGUGUGAGUGCGAUAUGUGUGUUUCUUUAUUAACAGAACAUAUAUUCAUGAGCUCAGUAUGAAUGCACAAGUCUGAAAGUGAGCAGGCUGCUAUGAGAUAUUUGAAAAGUUGAGAAACUGCAGAAGGUUAAACGAAACCUGGGCAGAUAUCCUGUCACUAACAUGCUGUAUUUCAAACAAUGUAAACUGUGGAUAAUUACAUCUCUAUUAUCAGCAGGAUGUUUUAACAUGGUUUUAUUCAUUAAACCGUGAUUCGUAGUAACGUAAAAGCUGAAUUGCAGAAAUAAAAUAAUCGAACUGUGACAAUAGUUGCAGUGGAGAAUCUUUCCAGCUUGAUUAUUUUGGCCUUUAAAGGAUCAAUAAAUGCACCCAGACCACUUGAUUUUAAUGAAAUGGCCUGUGUGCAUUGGCCCUGUAGCUUUAACCCUGCAAUGUAAAACAUUGUUUUUGUAGAAACUGCAAUAUUUAUAUUGCCGGGUUAAACACACCUCUAGCAGCUGUCUUUCAGCACAAAGUUUCUCCGCGCUGGAAACAAAGGUAAGUAAAACCUUUUCUCUCUAUAGCGUUAGGAAUACAUGUUUAUAUUCCUAACUCUAUAGUGUUCCUUUAAUUUUGUAAUGAGAUUUCCAUUUCACUAUGAUUCAGUUUAUUGAAUAAAACCUUAAACGUUAUACCUUCUGUAUGCAAGAGCAGGCUUAGCUGAUGGAGUGUCUCUUUAGCCCGUAUUUGAAUGCUAGUUUUUGUUAAGUCUUGCUGCCUGUCCACUGAGUUUUCUUGUCUGUGUCUGCUACUAAAUACUAUACUGUUCCCAGUUUCAGCCAUGCUGUUUUAAAUCUGAUAGACCAACAGCAGCCAAAAAAAAAAUUUGCUCCCUGUUCACAAAGAGUCUUACUGUGGAUGAGGUUGAUGCGCCACGACAAGUGUAAAAUAUGCCCGCUUGUGAAGAGGAAGCUUAAUUCUUGGCGCCCAUGCUCCUCUGUACGUGCCAUUAUAUACCUUGGUUGAUUUGCAAAAAGAAUGUUGGCUUGUAAAUUAAUGUGUGAGUGAAUUAACAAAAUGUAAAAUGCUUCAGCGUCCUGUUACAAUGACAAUGGUAUAAAUGUUGUUAAAAACGAACAGGAAGGGCUUUUUUUUUUUAAAUUUUUUUUUUGAGUACCUAAAGCCAGCUCUUAAACCAAUGUUGGUCAUACAUAAUGAAAAUAAAGAUUGCCACAUGAAUCGAAUUUAGCUACCUUGGAGUAAGCAACUGGAAAGACUCUGUAGGUCAGCAAAUCAUUAUGUUUAGAAUGUUUUUCUUCUGCUCUUUGUAUAAUUAAUCAUAGGAAUACAUAAUUUGAGUGCCAGAGGAAGGGUAAGGCCUUGUUCCUCAAUGUUUGCACACACCUCUGGCCCUUAUAGUGCUAUAGAUUAGAGCUUUUGGCCUGUUUCAUGACCACUCUGAGCACUUUAGUAAUCUGAAUUAUUACAGAUUAUGUAAGUAUUUUUUUUUUUUUCCUUUUAGAUACGUAGAGUAUCUAGUAAUUCUCUUCUCGACGAUCAGUUCCAUGAUCAUUGCUGUUUGGUUUUGUUUUGGAUUGUUUUAAGUAAAAAAAAGUACAUUGGCAAAAAAACGAAAAAAAAAAAACCUAAAAACUUUGAGACCAAAGAGGACUUCUUAUCUUUCUGUAAAUAUUUAUUUUUAAGGCUUGCUUUCAGUGUGACAAAUUAUGCUUUAUUCAGUAUUAAUACACAGGUACUGCCUUAUUCACAUUAUGUGCUACUGUAGGAAGAGAUUUUAAGUCUAGUAAGCUAGUUUGCGUCUAUACUCGUAUACUCAAUAUUAAAUUAUGGUUAACCUGUUUUCUGCGAGGUGUUCCAGCAUCUCCUAUCAGUACAGUGAGUUACAGUCUAGCUGGAGGUGUACGAAUUUAUGUCUCUUCUCCAUUAGUUUACACUUGGUCACACACUUGAUCUAGGUAAAGAUUACAGACAGCUUGCUUACAAUACAUCCAAAUUACCUUUCCCCAAUUAUUUCUCCUUACAAAUAUAUGUGGAGCACCUACUUCAAUCAGUGAAUUAGUUUUUCAUUUGGCAGUGCUGCCUUUUAAUAUUUUGUCCCUUCCCGUAAAUAAUCUGUUUUAUUUAUUUGUACUAUCUCCCUCCACAUCCUUCCCUAAAUAACCCCAGGAAGUGGGCAUAACUCCACCAUAGCAGUCAUGCUAGUUCUUUCUGUUGUUUUGACGAGUAUGUUUGCUCCCAGUAUUUUUGUCCACGAAGGACUCAUUUUAGGAGACUAAGCAAUAAUAUUGUCAUCUAAAAGAGCCAGUCAUUCAUCUCGUUCAGUUAUUAGAGUGCCUGGAAGGUUAUAAAGUCAUUUUCUUACACUCUGAUUAGAACAGAGAUCCAGACACCAGGAUAAGAAGUAUGGAGGGAGCCAAAAUUCUGAUCUACUUGCCAGAUUGUCAGAUUUCUGUGUAACAUUGAGUUUUUUUUUAUAUUCUGAUGGGCAAGGCUUGCAAGAGAUGCCUGACAAUAGGUGGAAUUCAUAUGCUCUCAGUGAAAUGAUGUAACACUGCAGUGUUACUAAUAAGGGGGGGUUAAUAGAACACCACCUCAUUAAUGAACCAAAAGGUUAAAUAACCCUUUAAACACUUACCAGGAAUCUCGGAGCUGGCUCAGUCUCCACCGCCUCUGAUGUCAGCACAAGGGAGAAUCUAAUGUGCAUGCGCGACAAGUGCCGCAUGGACAUUAGUCCUUUCCCACAGGAAAACAUGCAAAGCGUGAGGACGUCCUGCGUUGUUUUAGAGAGUUAAACUCCGUGGAACUGCAAGAAGCACCUCCAGUGGCUGUCUGGUAGACCGCAACUAGAGACAGGCUUAACCAUGCAAUGUAAACGUUCAGUUUCUCUAAAACAGAAAUGUUUUCACUUGCAGGGUUAAGGGGAGAGGGACACGCCACCCAGACCACUUCAAUGAGAUGAAAUGGUCUGUUUUGUAGUGUCCCUUUAAGCACUUUUAAAGCGUCUCUGUCACACACUUCUAGUUAGUCCAUCUCCCACAAUCUCAAUUAACCACACUCACAAACAUACCUAACAAACAUUUUCAUACACUUUUUCUUCCAUUGUCAAUCUCGUUUUUAUUGAAAGAUUUUGUUAUACGUUUGUAACUUUUUAGACAGAAAGUUAGUUCAAGAGGAUACAAAAGUAUUGUUCCGUAAAUCGGCAACAUGAGCAAAUUUGCGAAUCAAAUUUAAAUGCGGGUACACUCUAAGAAUGAGGUGUGUAUACCUCAAGGCAGAUAUUGUCAGUGCGUGGGUGUAUGCACUCUUAAUUAGCCUCUGGCGCACCUCAUUAGCAACACAUAUAUAAAAAAUACUCUCAUUUGCACACUUA